GUGCUAUCAAAGGGAGGAUAUCAUUUCCGAAAGGAGAUUGAAAGGGCUGACCAAAACGACAUCUGCGUGGGACAAACUCUGCCGGUUCAUGGUGGCGCCCGCCCUCUCCCCACUCGUUCUCUAUCGUAUUCCUCCACUCAAUCUAAAGCCCCCCCAAUCUCAUUCCUUCUCGACUCUUCUCCACGUUCUGCUUCUUUUCGUUACAGACCAAUGGCUUCUUCAGACUCGUGGAUGAAAGAAUAUAAUGAUGCAGUUAAACUUGCUGAUGAUAUCAAUGGAAUGAUUUCUGAAAGGAUUUCAUUUUCUGCACCGGGAGUUGAUGCCCAACGUCAUGCAUCUGCGAUCCGAAGAAAGAUAACAAUAUUAGGGACUAGACUUGACAGCUUACAGUCCCUUUUGUCAAAGCUUCCUGGAAAGCAGCCCUUAACUGAGAAAGAGAUGAAUCGACGCAAAGACAUGGUUGCAAAUUUGAAAUCAAAAGCAAACCAGAUGGCAUCAACAUUGAACAUGUCAAACUUUGCAAACAGAGACAGCUUGCUUGGGCCAGAGAUAAAGCCUGCUGAUGCCAUGAACAGAACAACAGGUUUGGACAACUAUGGCCUUGUGGGCCUUCAGCGGCAAAUUAUGAAAGAACAAGAUGAGGGCCUUGAGAAAUUGGAAGAGACGGUAUAUAGUACAAAACAUAUUGCAUUGGCAGUCAACGAAGAGCUUGACCUACAUACUAGACUUAUUGAUAACUUGGACCAACGUGUGGAUAUUACAGACUCUCGUCUAAAGCGAGUGCAGAAGAAUCUGGCAAUUUUGAACAAGCGCACCAAGGGUGGCUGCUCCUGCCUGUGCCUGCUCUUAUCAGUUGUUGGCAUCGUGAUUCUGAUCGUCGCGAUAUGGUUGCUGGUUAAAUACUUGUGAUACAAACAUUCUGGAGAAAACCCGUCUUUCCCCUGCGUGUGUUGGAUCAAAAUUGGGUUUUGUUAGUCUCAUUGUUUGGCUUUCCUGAUUUUCUUGUGCUUUGAUCAUGCCAUGGUAUGGCUUGGUGUUUACUGAUCAACUUUGUAAUCCUCGAAUUAUGUAGCAUCAUGGAUGCCUCCUUUUCUAAGCAGUGAUCAAUUCGCAUCUCUGUCCCUAUACAAUGACAAGUUUACAACCA